AUGUUUGCCAAGAAGUUCAGGCAACAUGGACCCAUCCACCUUUCGCAAUACUUGAUGAGCGUCAAGGUUGGAGACUAUGUCGAUAUUUUCGCCGAUCCUUCCAUCCACAAGGGUAUGCCCCAUAAGGGAUACCAUGGCCGAACUGGAAUCGUCUUCAACGUCACAAAGAGUGCUGUCGGAGUCCGUGUUAACAAGCUUGUCAACGGAAGAAUUAUUGAAAAGCGCAUUCAUAUUCGCAUUGAGCACGUCAGAAAGUCAAAGUGCCAAAAGGAAAUUUUGCAACGCAAGAAGGAUAACGAAGCAGCUAAGGCCGAGGCGGCCAAGACUGGGGUCAAGAUCAACCUAAAGCGUCAACCAAAGCAGCCUAAGGAAGGAUACUUCCUCAAGGCUGCCGGAGAAGACGGCGUCCUUACCACCAUUCAACCUCUUCCAUUCAGUGAUCUUGUUUAA